AUGUAUCUCAGUCUGUUCAUCUAUCUAUCUAUCUAUCUAUCUAUCUAUCUAUCUAUCUGUCUAGCCAUGAUCACCAACGUCCUGAACGUCUCUUCCCUGCUUUCCCUACCUCUCUCUCUCUCUCUCUCUCUCUCUCUCUCUCUCUCUCUCUCUUCCAUACAACCCUUUCUGUUCUCUUAUUGCUCCUCCUCUUCCCUGCUUUCCCUCCCUAUCUCGCUAACUUUCUCUAUAUCAAGAAAAACGUUUUCAUUAUUAUCUUAUUCUUACCUGCCACGCUAUUUCUUUCUCUUUCUUUUUCUCUUUCUCUCUCUCUCACUCCCUCUCUCUAUCUCUCUCUCUUAUAUUGGUCUAUCUAUCUUUUCAUCUAUCGGUUUAAAAGAUAAUGAAAAAUUCUCCCCCUCUCACUUUAUUCCUCAUUCCUCCUCUUCACUAAUUCCCCUCCUUUGUUAUUUCGUGAAAAAUGUGACUGUGAAGGCGGGAAAUCUGAGCCCACCCUCUCUCUCUGUUUCUUUUACCCUUUCUUUUCUUUCUUUUCUCGCAUUCCUUUCUUCACUCAUAAACACUCUCUCCGUUCCCCACUCUCUCAAUAUUUCAUUCACCCCCCACCUCUUUCUUUCCCCUUCAUUUAUUUGA